UAAUUUCUUUCAAAAAAAAAUAAAAAUUAAUUAAUUAGUUCAAAAAAAGAGUUUAGGCAAUUUGGUCAAUUUGCCUAUAAAUAUCCGAUUCCAAUUCCCCUUUUCUCCCCAAGUCCAUAUUCCCCGAAAUCAUUACACCAACCUCAUAUACAAUUAUACAUCCAUCAUCACCUUAUUCACGUCUUCUUCUUUCUCUCUCCUCUCAUUCCUCAAUUAUUCCUCCCGAUUCCCCAAAUUUAAUCAAAUUAAUCCCCUUAAUUCUGUAAAUUCGAUUUAAUCGGAACCCUAAUUGCCGAACUUAUGUUGAAAUUGCCCAGAAUUUCGAUUGUUGUCAUCUGAAAACCCUAAUUUGUUUCCUCUUUGGGUGGUGUUCUAAUUUGAAGAAUCAAUCAUACGUAUGAGCUGGUCGAUAUUGAAUCUGGGACUGUCGUCGAAUUCAAAUCACUUCAUUACUUGUCUUUUGAUCUUUAUUCUUCAUUAUUCACCUCAAUUAAGCCCUACUUUGUUGUUUAAUCUUAAUCAACAUAAUUUUAAUUCUUCAUUAUUAUUAUCAUCAUCAAAUUCAUCUACCACGUCGUUUUUGUCGAAUUCGACCUUAAUUCCUCAGUCUAGUAAUAAUCCCAGAUCAUCAUCAUUCGAUGGAGCUCAGAAACAAGAAUAAUCGCCAAUUACGUCAAGGUCUAUGUUCUUCUGGCAAUGAGGGGAGGCAGGGUGCCUCACCAUCUGUCAUAGUAAUAGGUUCUGGUAUGGCUGGUAUUGCUGCUGCUCGUGCUCUUUAUGACAAUUCUAUUCAGGUUACGGUGCUGGAGUCACGUGAUAGAAUUGGAGGUCGGGUAUGUACAGACUACACAUUUGGUUUUCCAGUUGACCUAGGUGCAUCAUGGUUGCAUGGUGUCUGCAAUGAGAAUCCCUUGGCACCUUUAAUUGGUAGACUUGGCCUACCCCUUUAUCGUACUAGCGGAGACAACUCUGUGUUGUAUGACCAUGACUUAGAGAGCUAUGCCCUUUUUGAUUUGGAGGGGAGUCAAGUACCUCAGGAGCUGGUUGUCAAAGUUGGCGAAACAUUUGAAAAUGUUUUAAAAGAGACUGAAAAAGUACGAGAGGAAUGCAAAGAGGACAUCUCUAUACAGGAAGCAUUUUCAAUUGUCUUUGAAAGGAGACCAGAUUUGAGGUCAGAAGGGCUUGCUCAUAAGGUACUGCAGUGGUACUUGUGUAGGAUGGAGGGUUGGUUUGCCGCAGAUGCUGAGACCAUAUCUCUGAAGUGCUGGGAUGAGGAAGUGCUCCUCCCUGGUGGACAUGGGCUUAUGGUGCGGGGAUACCUUCCUGUUUUAAAUACACUUGCCAAGGGUCUAGAUAUACGUCUGAACCACAGAGUCACAAAGGUCACAAGACAUCAUAACGGGGUGAGGGUAAUGGUAGAAAAUGGCGGUACAUUUAUAGCUGAUGCUGCAGUUAUUGCUGUUCCUCUCGGUGUCCUAAAGGCUAAUACAAUUAGCUUUGAGCCAAAGCUUCCAAAUUGGAAAGAGGAUGCUAUCUCCAAUUUAGGAGUGGGAAUUGAGAAUAAGAUAAUUUUGCACUUUGAAAAGGUCUUUUGGCCAAAUGUGGAGUUCUUAGGUGUAGUUGCAGAAACUUCAUAUGGAUGCAGUUACUUUCUCAAUCUCCACAAGGCUACUGGUCACUCUGUUCUUGUAUAUAUGCCUGCUGGAAAGUUGGCCAAGGACAUUGAGAAAAUGUCCGAUGAAGCCGCUGCAGGUUUUGCUUUUAAGCAGCUGCAAACAAUUCUUCCAGAUGCAUCUGCGCCUAUUCAGUAUUUGGUGUCUCACUGGGGCUCUGAUAUAAACUCUCUUGGUUCCUACAGUUAUGAUACAGUUGGGAAGUCCCAUGAUUUGUAUGAGAGGCUUAGGGUUCCAGUAGAUAACUUAUUUUUUGCGGGGGAGGCCACAAGCGCUAGUUUUCCUGGUUCAGUUCAUGGUGCUUAUUCAACUGGCCUGCAAGCAGCCGAGGACUGCAGAAUGCGUGUCCUGGAGCGCUAUGGCGAGUUAGAUCUGUUCCAGCCAGCCAUGGGUGAUGAAUCAUUCAGCGUCCCCCUCCUUAUUUCUAGAAUGUGAUGAUCAUGGAGGAAUGAUAUUGUUUCUUUAAAGUGGAAUAUUUCAUGUAAUCUGUUGAAAGUGCAGCUUUGGUUAAGCCAAUUGCUAUUCUAUACUUUGUACCUUAUUAUGUUGUAAACAAACUUCUCAAUAUAUAAAUGGAGGACUUUGCUUGUGUGUAAA